ACCAUCCGAAUAUGAAAGAAGAAGCAGAGAAGUUAAGAACUAAUAUCAAGCAAGAAGAAACCAAGAAUACCAAAAAAAUAGCAAAAAUUAUAGCAGGAUAUUACAUGAAUAGUUUCAUUGAGGAAUACUCAUUCUUAUCGGCUAACAACGACUUUUCAGAUAAAAACACUACAAAUAUUAUACCGUCUUCAAAAUUUCUAGAAAGAGAGAAACAAAGGCUAACAUAUACUAAAUUCAAUGCAUUUUACGACGAUUACGCUAAGAAACACAAUCGAAGAGUUGCAAAAUUAUUGAACCAGACUACUAAAGAUAAUUCAACAAAGCUUCCAAAAGUUAUUGUCGUGCAGCCUUAUAUGAAUGCAGGAUUAGGGAAUCGAUUACCUGUAUUAGCAUGUGGUUUUUUGUAUUCGAUGAUUACUGAUAGGUUAUUUUUUGUUGAAGGGUUUUACAACUUUACAGAAUAUUUCGAGAAAGAUUUUGACCAUGACUGGAAAAGCGUUGCAAACUUAUAUAAAAAUAGUAGAUUCAGAUAUUUGCAUGACGAUUUUGAAAAAAAUGAUUUUCAAUUAAUAACUAGAGGAAAUCUUAGUAAUGAGGAAAUAAAUUCAUAUGAUAUUUUAUAUGUUCACACGUGGGAUUAUGUUAAAACCCAAUAUUACCAAAAAGUAGCAAAUUUUGUAGACAAUAAUUUCGGAGAGUAUAAUAUAGGAAUUCAUUUAAGAAUGCGAAAGAAUAUUAGAAUUAGCGCUAUAACACCUACCGAACAUUUUUGCCAUGCAGCAAAAAUGUUGAUGAUUGGAGCAGUAAAAAAGAAUGUAACCAUCUUUGUAGCUGCAGAUGACAAUGAGAAUCGUAAUAUUUUAAUAAAUUGUCUUCAUAGUUCACUUGGCUCAAAGAACGAUUCAGUUAAUAUUAUUCACGCAGGAAAUGAUAUGGACGUCUUCGUUGGUGACGAUCCUGGUACAGAAAUAGGCGCUAUUAUCGAUUUGA